CGUUGUCAAUGCCAAUUGGUAAUAUCAAUAAGUUUUGCAAUAAAUUUUAAAUUUCUAACAGAAUUUUAAUUUGUGUUUUGUAUUUCUCGACUGCUCAAAUGCUAAUAUAAAUUAUUCUUUUCUUUGUUUACAUUUCAUAAUAAUAUACCCAUUUCAUAAUAAAAAUAAAAUAAAGAAUAUAUAGUCCACUCCAGUCUCCACACUCCACUCGGCGGUAAAAUCAUACGAAUUACAUGUACAAACAAAGACUCGUGACGCUUUGCAUUAUUAUGGGCUUCACCGCGCGGCUUGCCAUAACUCAUUCUGGAUCUGGAUCAUUCACUUAUCUCUAUUCUGCGAGGUUACUAAAAUAAGUUAAUACUCCCAGGUCAGAAAUUCUUCUGUAAGCUAAGGAAAAAUGCAGUACUCUCAGGAUUGCAGGACUCGUUAUAUUUGCAAAACACUUAGUGAACCUGUUAUUACUGGUUAUAUGAGUGUAGAUGUUGAUCGCCAGUAUCAUUCUGAUUUAUCACAAUUGAAAUUUUUAAAUUCUGUUAAUAAUGUUUCAACAUAUCUGGACUUAAACCAUAAUAUAAAUGCAGCUGUAAAAAGGUCCACUGAUGAAAAUGAAGAAAAGAUUGAUCUGCUACUAAAAUUUCUGAAAGAUAAAAAUCAAUUUUUAUACCCCAAAUUUCAAACAGACUUUAUAACAUAUAGAAGAACAUUAAUAAGUGUUAUGAGAGCGGUUUUUGAAAUGUCAGAACCUAUAGUAAUAAGAGCAUGCAUGUUCAAAGGAUCAAUAUACUUAUGUUCUGUUAUGAGCACACAGGAAAUAACCAAAAAGAAAUCUCGUAAUGAAAUGGAAAUGAAAUUUUGUGCCUGGGGAUACAAAUUUGAACAAUAUUCAACAUCAGAUCAACCAAACAAAGAUCCUGAUAUACAGAACCCUGUUAUUGAAAAUGAAGAAUUUUCUUUAUAUUACUAUGCAAAGUUGGGCAAUUUUAAAUUAUUAUAUGGAGCACAAAUUGAUGCUUUACUAACUACAGACACUACUUUGGAAAAACCAAAGACAAAUGAUUUUGAGACAAAUUUAAACUAUCUAAGAAAUAACUGCUUUGCUGAGUUGAAGACUAACAGAGAAGUGCAAACCUUUAGGCAAGAGAAGAAUUUUAAAAAAUACAAAUUAUUACAUUGUUGGUGUCAAUGUUACUUAGCAAAAUUGGAAGGUGUGUAUGUGGGAUUUAGAAAUGAUGAAGGCAUAGUUGAACGGUUGCAGUGGUUUUACACCCAAGAUAUUGUCCACUACUGUAAGGAUGAAUGGAGCCCACAAAUCGCCAUUGAUUUUUUGGACCACUUCUUGGGAUUUGUCAAACAUAGCUUUGAGAGUUAUGAGAAACAUCCUGGCCCUGUAACACUGGAAUUUCAAAUAAAUACAAAUAAAACUUUUACAGUUACAGACAAAUGUAACAACGAUAUAUUACCUACUUGGUACACUGAAGGUUAAACAAGAAGGUGGAGUUUUUGGCAGCAAAAUUAUAGUAAUCACAUGUAGCUUUCGUUUUAUUUCAUUGAUUUGCUUAUAGUAGAAUGCAUUUUAUUCAAUAUACACAGUUUUAUAUAGGUGCACAAGUAAAGUGAAAGUUGAGA